CGUUAGUUCAUUUAUGGUGCCAAAGUGCACCUUCUGUUUUCCCGACUGCCUAAUAUCUACAUUUGCUUAUCUGUAUAUGCGGGCACGAUAUACACCGCCGGCCCGGAUGCGGUUUACGCGGUUUGAAUGGUUUCAGAUGAUUUAGCUCGCAUAUGUCAGUAGGACACGCUCAUCCACAGUCAUUAGUCUAUACGAGCAGUGACGUCUGUUGGCGAAUGGCUUCGCAUCGGAGCACAGUGCCCAACAUGGAGACAAGCUGAAAUACUCGGGAUCUGGGCAAACAGAGACAGCAUGUGCACCUUCAUUUGUGUCCAUGAGCCACUUCAGUGAUUUGAUCAUCACUGAUCCACCACCUCUGUCUUGGUCGAGUCGUGAGUAACCCUCCUCCAGAGAGGGCUGGUGGAUAUUUCCAUGGCAGGGGAGAAGAGCCGUCGCAGUUCCAUGGAUAUAAAGCGCCUUGCGGGCCUGCUUCAGCGCGGAGCAGGCCGCCUGCUGGUCAUCGACAGUCGGACGUUCUCGGAGUACAACGCCUCGCAUGUACACGGUGCCGUCAACGUCUGCUGCUCAAAACUCGUCAAGAGGAGACUUCAACAAGACAAGGUGUCGGUUACCGAGCUCCUGCAACCCAACGGAAAGGUCAAGGUGGAGAUGGGCCGCCGACAGGAUGUGGUGGUGUACGACCAAAGCACGAAGGACGCCGGUCAGCUCUCCAAAGACAGUUUCGUCCACAUUCUCCUGAGCAAGCUGGACGGCACCUUCCACCGUGUGUCUCUGCUCACAGGUGGUUUUGCGGCAUUCUCAUCCUGUUUCCCGGGCCUGUGUGAAGGAAAGCCAGUGGCUACUCUACCCAUGAGCUUGUCUCAGCCGUGUCUACCCGUGGCAAAUGUGGGUCCCACACAAAUUUUGCCCCAUCUCUACCUGGGCUCACAAAAAGAUGUGCUCAACAAGGAUCUUAUGGCUCAGAAUGGCAUCACGUAUGUGUUGAAUGCAAGUAACACCUGCCCGAAGCCUGAGUUUAUCUCUGAGAGCCAUUUCAUGCGCAUUCCCGUCAAUGACAACUACUGUGAAAAACUCCUGCCGUGGUUAGACAAAACCAACGAAUUUAUUGACAAAGCCAAGGUUUCCAACUGCCGAGUCAUUGUCCAUUGUUUAGCUGGCAUCUCUAGGUCCGCAACCAUCGCCAUUGCUUAUAUCAUGAAGACAAUGGGCUUGUCAUCAGAUGACGCGUACAGAUUCGUGAAGGACCGCAGACCUUCAAUAUCACCCAACUUCAACUUCUUAGGACAGCUUCUGGAAUUUGAGAAAGGCUUGAGGUUGCUAAAGGCUCUCUCCUCAGGUCAAGAGAAGUCGGAUCAGUUGAAGGAACUAUCGGAGCCUAGAGGGGAAUCUUCCAGUAAUCCUGAGAAGAGCCGCCUGGAGGCUGAGAAAGACAGUAAGGAAUUGGAUGGCAAGAUCCCCUUUCCGACGUCCCUCCAGCAGGGUUUUAAUGGCUUAAACUUGUCGGCAGAGCGUAUCCUGGACACCAACCGCCUAAAGCGCUCUUUCUCGCUAGAUAUCAAAUCCGUCUAUGAGCCCAACCACUGUCCUCGCCUUGCACCUGCACAUACCGAGGAUGUACCCAAACUCUGCAAGCUGGAUAGCCCAGAGGCUGGAGAAGCCAAUGGUGUCUACCAGUACUCACCUGUUUCUAUCAGUCCUGGUUUAGCUGAAUCUCCAGGACACUUUCCUGAGAGCAGCUCCCGACCACGUUCGCGGAGAAAAAGCAAGCACAAUGGUAGCGCCGGAAGUUCACCCGUGCACAUGCAAGGCCUAAAUUUUGGACAUUCACUCCCUGCACACAAGAGUCUUGAUGACAAUCUGAAGCCCUCCCUGCUGCUCAGCCUUCCCACCGUGGGCACCGGACCCAUGUGGACCAAGCAUAGAGACACCGUACAGGCCACCACUCCUGUUACGCCAACAGGCGAAGCCCCUUGGUUCUACAGCUCAGAGUCGAUGAACAGCACUGGAGGAGGGGCAGUACACUUUCCGGCACUUGGGUGUAGCUGUCUCCCAGGACCGCGUGAGGCUGUGCGUCUGCGGGAGAAGGCAGGGGACCCACGGGACACCAGGAGCAGUUGGCAUGAGGAGGCUCCCACUUCCAUUGCUGCUGACAAACAGUUCAAACGCCGCAGCUGUCAGAUGGAGUUCGAAGAGGUGAUAUCGGAGACACGUUCAAGGGAGGAGCUGGGUAAGAUUAGCAAGCAGUCCAGCUUUUCAGGAAGCAUGGAGAUCAUCGAAGUAUCCUGACAUCACCUACACAGCCAAUGGGGACUUUCACACACAGGCAGACAGGCAACAUAAGCAAGGAUGAUUGAGAGUGGAACAGUGGAAUGAGCAUCGACAGGCUGUUGUUUAACACAUUCAGAAUAGAUCAUUGGCUUAUAGUUAAUGACUGGAUCUCAGAAAUUUUCAACACACUUUUUUGGUCUUUUCAAGCCGGUGGAACCGGAUGACUCUGCUUUUUACUUUAUACUGUUUUUAAGCCAUAGCCAUCCCCAGAUGACAAAGAGAUGAGACUCGAGUUGUCGAAUUCAACUCCUUGCUCUAUUAACACCCCCCAAAAAAUAAAAAAGCUUUAUCCGCCUUAUGGUGUAUUGAGAAUCAAGUAUGGCUGUUAUGGUCACACUUGUUUCUUUUAUUAUGCUGCCCUGGACUCAGUGAAGUUACACCACCACAGCACAAGGAGUCAGCACAGACUAAGCCGUAGUGGUACAUGCUUUAACUGGCUGAAUGAAGGCCUCUUUGUGCAGUGCUUUUGUCCACCCUGCUCCUGUAUCCCAGCAUUCAUGGAAUUCUGGAGGAGGAACCAGGCAUGUCAUGAAGGAAAAGCAUUGUGGGUGUUUUCCCAUCAUGCUCUCUGUCCCUCUUUUGUUAUCCAGAUUUCAAGGUCUUGUCCUACCCCUCCUGUGCCCAAGUGGUGAUGCUCGAACUGUUGUGCAGCCCACGUUCCUCUCACUGAGCAUGCUUUGAGGCUGCUGUUUUCCUUACAAAUAGUAUAUAAUCUAUACACAGUGAUUUCAAUGGACCUGUUUUUGUCAUUUUCUUAGUUACAGUUUUAAUUUAUUCUACUGGUUCAUUCUGGUAAUGAGAAAUAAUAUAAAGAUUGUGGAAUUUUUAUUUUUCCUCUUCUGUUUCAGUGUUGAUCUUUCAUUUACGAAAACACUCACCAGACCGAUACGCAAUUACAAGCAAUAUGUGUAUUUACUUCUUUUGUUUUCGUUUUUGUUCUUAAGGGUGUGUAGUUAAUACCAGAAAUGAUCUGAUGUUUAAAUGCACUUCUGUUGCUUUAAGAAGGAUAUUUUCAACGUUUUCAUUAAAAGGGUACCACAAUGCUUUACAAAAAAAAUGUGUGUAGCCAUUGUCCCCCAGUGUGUGUCACAAACUAAAGCAUUUGGUAUGGCUUUCGUUUGUCUGCUGGCUUGAAUUAUUAAAAUACUUUAAUCCAGCAUGACUAAUCUAAAAAAAUAAAUGUAUGAUACCCCAGGAUUGUAAAUUGAGCAGCCACUUGACUCAUUUUGAAAUUCAAGAAUACGAAUUUUGUAUUAACAAGCACAGAAGACAAAAUGAAGGGAAGAAAUGACAGGGACUCUAAGGGGUUUGUCUGUGUCCCCCUUGUUUGUUCUGCAUAUUUAUAUGACUUUAUUUAUUGUUUGUUUGGGUCUGAAUGUGGGAGGAUGUGUGGAUGGAUGAUGUGAAUGAUUGACCCUUGCAGAUGCUCAUGUAGACCGGCAUCAUGGAGAGGAGAAAUGCCCCUAAACUUUUCAUCCGCAACUCUUUAGACACGUGAAAAAGUACACAUAGAUGCAUUUAAAACUCGGCCAGGCAGAAUAGUGUCUGUUCUUAAACUAGUCUGUUCAUAAAUUUAUAUAUAAGGUCAGUAACUGAUGACAACAGAAUCUGCACUAUGGUGACAAUACAUACUGCUUGCUAUUAUAUUCUGUCUAAGCUUUGAGGUUCCUCCUCAUUUUCUCCUUUUUCUACAUUCUCCCUCUUUAGCGGUCUUGUCUCUUUCUGUCCUUCACUCCAUUUUCCCAUAAUCCUCUUUGUUUCUCUGGCGUGCUCCAAAGUUUAAAUGUAACACAGAAAGGGUAUGCGUGUGUGUGAACGGGAUUGCCCUCUCGCUGGGAGAAAGUUCAGCAAUUUAUUUAUGUCUAUAUGUUUCAGUUAUAGCUUUUCUGUAUGGCAAACCUUUGAUCUUGUAUUUGUGCUGCUGUAAGUUCCCUUUUUUCCCUGUGUGAGACAUUGUCUUUCCUUUUCCUUUCCUGUACUAUAUUUUUAAAGUCAUUGUUAUCAUUAUUUAAAACAUGUAAUAAAAACAUGCAGGCUGUC